CUUAGUUGGAAAUCAACUUUUUCAAUUGCCAAUUGGACAACGGAGGCAAACAUUAAAAUCAUAUUGCUUAUCGAUAUAAAUAUUCAAAGUCGUCUAGUGUAAUUAAACUACUUGUUUUUCGAAUAUUUGCAUUUUUUUGUUGGAUUGAUCAGUAGUCGGCGUUAGAAAUUGAUAUAGGCAACAUUUAAAGUGCGAUCAAUUCAUGACGAUGAAUAAUGCAAAAACUUUCUUUCUGGUGUUAUUUGUGGGUACAAUUUAUUGCCGAUACAUCGAUCCACUAUAUUUCAGCAUUGGCGACCUUCAUUUAGACGAUGUCACAGAUGUUUCUCAGCAUUUGGAUGCCAAGUUUUUGGUGAAACGUGCCACUGAUGCGAUUAUGGAACGAGAUAAUGAUGCCAAAGAAACGAAAUACGAAUUUUCUUAUAAAACGGAUUCGCAUGAACAUUAUGCAAAAGGAAUGGUGAUAAAUGGUGAACACUCGGUGGUUGGUGCAUAUUCAGUAAUGCACCCUGAUGGCACGAUGCAAACUACGAUGUAUACAGCCGAUAAAAAUGGUUAUACGGUUCGUUUGAAAUUAAAAAAAGAGCUGUUGCACAAAAGUCUUGUUGGAUGAUAAAUCCAUUUGAAUACCAAUUUGAAUAUUAUAAGUUAAUAACGAAAUGAGUAAAUUAUUCCAAAUAAA